AUGUCAAAAAACACUUCAAAGAAACCCGUCAUCGCCGUUGUAGGCGCAGGGCCUGGCAUCGGCGAAGCUGUCGCGCGCCGCUUCACCGCCGAGGGCUUCGUGGUCGCGCUCCUGGCCCGGACCGAAGACAAGCUGCAGAAGAUGGCAGAAGGCAUAGAUGCCGACUACGGCCGAAACACCGCUCACUACUACAUUACCGACCUACGUGAAGAGCAGUCCGUCAUCUCCAGCUUCGGCCGCCUCCGCAGCGAUCUCGGUCCGGUCAGCGUGCUGGUGUAUAACGCGGGCGCGCGGCGCGUGAACGGCCGGUCGCUGCUGGACACCACGACCGAGGAGUUCGAGGGUUUCACCAAGAUCAACCUGUUCGGCGCCUUCUGGGCGACGAAAUGCGUGUUGCCGGACAUGCUGGCCGCGGGCCACGGAACCGUCAUCUACACGGGCGCGACGGGCUCGCUGCGUGGCAACCCAGGGCUCAGCAGCUUCUCGCCGGGCAAGUUCGGUCUGCGCUCUCUGUCCCAGAUCGUGGCGCGCGAGUACCAGGAAAAGGGCAUCCACGCCGCCCACAUCAUCGUAGAUACCCCCGUCGACGGCAAGCUGAUUGGAGAGUGGUCGCGCCGGCAGUGGCAGCGCCAGGGGCAAGGCGACAAGCUGGACGACAUCGACGCACAUCUCGCCCGCCCGGCAGAUCUCGCUCAGAUCUACUGGUUUCUACACACACAGCCCAAGAGUGCUUGGACUCAAGAGUUGGACGUCCGGCCCCAGAAGGUCAGCAUGUUCUCGAAGCUGUAA